GUAGCGUGUAUACUCCUCUUGAUGGGUAAAAUGGAGUCAGUCAGUGGCACUACAGUUGAGAGCAGUGGUGGCCCAGUGUCGAGACCUUUCAAAAUCGACCACACGUCACUGCUUCCGGGGAAGCCCGGACCUCGCCCAGGGGGAUACAGGAGUCCAAAUCUGGAUUCUACCACUACCAAAAGUUAUCUCACCUCCUCCUCCUCCUACUCCUACUCCUCCUCCUCCUCCACUUCCCCAGACUGGAGGUACAAAGGACUCGCCAACACGGCUUGGGACAGAGUUGGAUUUUUAAAAGGCGCCCUGGGAGACAAUACACAAGACUCAAAUGGACACGCAGCAGAGGGAUACAGACCACCACUGGACAGAGGCUUGAGGAUAGACCGUACGCAGUCCAUCUUGACGCCAGUUGGAUAUUCAUCAACUACUGCAGCUCCAUCUUACAGGUCUCUACAUACAGAUCAGAGUUUGAGCCGCCCGCGUUCAGCAGCGUCAGUCGAGGCCUACGCCCCUCCUGGUCGCCCACCCAGCAGCAGCAGGGAUAACCAUCUCCCUCAGACAGGCCCCAGAGUCAGUCUCACUCCCACCGCCUUGACGAGGAGUACCGUGUCAGAGAGCAGUUCUUCCCUCAAGUUGCAGAGCAGAAGCCUUCAGGGCAGCCAUUCGUCUCUCGUUCGAGCAGGCAGUGCCACACCCAAGGGAGAACUGAGCAGCAGUCAGGACGAGAGGGAAGAAUCGAAGAGGAGAUCAUCUUCGAGUUCGACUGACAAUGACACUGAGGAACCCCUGCCAUCGAGGGCUCGGAUGGCAUCUCCUCUAUCUUCAUCAGGCAAGUCUGGGAACACGACGCCAUUCUCUUCUGGGACUCCUGCCGCUAGUCCGCUGCCCAAGUAUACUGCACACGACCAGACCUACAAUAGUGGGGGUUACUCCCAGCCAGUGAACGCUGAGAUCCAGAGAACAGACUCUGAACAGGCAGAAGUAAUAGGAGGCCUGAAGGCUUCAUUGGAGCUUGCUCAGAGGAAGAACAUUGAAGAUAAAAAGACCAUCGAGGACCUUAGGAAUCAACUGAUAAUUUGCAAAAAGGAGAAGGGAAGGGAGGAUCCCGUGCUGAAGUCGGCCCUCGAGGACGCCCUGAGGGAGAUCAGGGAGAAUAAGGAGGUCAUCGCAUCCCUGCAUAAGGAAUUGAGUGACCUCCAGAAGAUCAAUCUUGAUAUGAAGAAGGAUAUCGACUCCCUGAGGGAGAAUCUGCAGGAGGCUAAGGACGUUCACCAGCAGGACGUCAGCAAUUACCGCAGGAGGGUCGUGGUUCUGGAGGAGGAGAACCUGGAGCUGAAGAGGGAGAAGGACGAAGUGCUGACUCAACUGGACGCCAUCUCAGAUAAGCUGAACUCCCAAGAGAACGAGAUCCAAAAGGACAAGGAGGCUUUGGAGACCAGCAUGAAAGAUAUGAAGGAGAAGAUUUCGCACUCACAGAAAGAUAAAUUAUACGCGGCUAUAAAGACAGAAGACAUCGAAGCCAUAGAGGAGAUAUUGAACGGGCCAACCUUUGAUCUAGAUGAGGUCAUUACUCAAGAUAAUACCGGUCGUCGUGCUAUUCAUCUGAUCGCUGAGAACAUCAGAUUGGCGCCAGUCGUCAACAAACUCUUGGAGGCGAAGGUGGACGUAAACGCCGUCGAUAAUGAUGGGGAAACAGCUCUGCACAUAGCAGCCAGAUCUGGCAGAGGAAGAAUAGUGAAGGCUCUGCUAGAAGCCAAGGGAGACUGGGCUAUUCUAAACGUGGAAGGAUGGUCAGCUGUCCAGGUAGCAGCUGCUGUGGGGAACCUCAGCGCCCUUGAGGAGUUUAGGAAGCACGAUCCCGCUGCCCUGAGCGCCAAGGACAACGAAGGCUCUACUCUCCUGCAUUACACGGGAGCCAACAGCCAGAAGAAGGCCUACAAGUGGCUCGUCAGGCAUGGGUCGAACAGGAAGAGGAAGGAUGCCUUCGGUCUCUCUGCUAAGGACUAUAAGGAAGCUGCUAGAGGGGAUGAAGGACUGCUCUCCUGUUUUGGGGGAGGCAACAGAAUGGCCCAGGAGCAGUUACCAAGACUACAAUUGGAGAGCUACGGCAGUAUCCGUCGAAACCGUGCCUCCACCAGAAGUCUUCCGGCCAAGACGGACCUAAGUGACGACGACAAGGGCAGUCGCUCUGUUCUCUCGGAAAAACAGUUCCCGGUAACGAGCGAGACGGACACAGAAGGGGCCCACGAGCCGGACUCGACGAUCGAAGAGGAAACCUACCAGAAAUCUCCAGCUGAGACGCCAAUACCACCUGUUGAACCUUCGGCCGAUGUCACUCUUCACGCCCAGCCGCCUCUGAAAGGCGUGCUCUCAGUUGGGUCAGACAGUGGUAGGAGCAGCGUCAGUAUGGACACUGGUUCCCUCCCUACUGUCCCACGACGUGCUAAGACUCCACCUCCUUCAGAGAUGAUGCAGAUCCACGUGCCCCGAGACGAAUCCUUCAGCGAGGACCAAUGCAGCGACGUCUCCUUGAUCAGUUCCCAAAGGAGCUUCAAGGAGAGACUUCCAACGGGUUUGCCCAACCUGGGCAACACCUGCUUCUUGAAUGCCAUACUUCAGUGCCUCUACUACACGAAGCCUCUCUCUGAUAACUUCAUCAACAACCGAUACAGAGAAAGCAUAAACAAAAAGAGCUCUUGUAAGGGAGAUGUCAGCAUAGCAUUUGGACAAGUGGUCAGGGCACUUCGCACUGGUAAACAAACGUACGCAGCCGUUAAGAAUAUGAAGGAUGUUGCUGGUCACUAUGACAGAAAUUAUUGCAAUGAUGACACGAAGGAGUCACACAUAUUCCUGCAACAGAUGUUGCAGUGGUUGCACCAGGAUCUGUCAAAAGAUAUAUCCCCGGACGAGAGCCUCGUCCAGGGCAAAGUGUCCUUGAUCUCGACACUAUUCUUUGGCGUCCAAGUCUGCACUGUCGUCUGCCAGGAAUCCGGAGCCGAGCUUUCCCAGUCUGAGGAAGCCUUUUCUGUUCUCUCUUUGCCCGUGGAGAUAUCGGGACCGACAGAAGUACAGGAGUUGCUAACCAAGAGCUUCAAGCCGCAGCUACUCCUUUGGAGUUGCAGGGAGUGUGGCAAAGAUCACAUGUGCCUCAAGAAGAGAAAAAUCAAGAGACUCCCCUCGCAUCUCAUCAUCCAUUUCGACAGAAACGAAGAAAUCAGUGGAAAUCUCAUGGAUGCUAAAACGAGCCUGAGUUAUCCACUACAAGGGUUAAAUCUAGCUGAUUUUCUGGUCGAUCCUACAAGUGACAGAGGAACUUACGAACUCUACGCCAUAUGUAACCAAAAAGGUCAUGGAAUCACCUCCCAUCACACUGCAUGUUGCAUGACAGCCAACCACCCCAUCUGGUGUCUGUUCAACGACCUCACCGUGAAUCCUGUACACAACGAGGACGUUCCCCGGCAGGCUGACUCUCACAUACUGUUCUACAAGAUGUCUGUGGCGCCUUAUAUGAGCACGGGGGUGUAGGGAUGUAGAUAAGUAAGAUAGUAGAUGAGAUGGUUUAGUACUAAGGGCAGAUAGGAGUGGCUACCAUUUAUGUUGGUGGUGUAACAGGUGGCCACUUUUCUGUUGCUGGUGUAAUAGCUAUGGCCACCUUUUUGUUGCUGGUGUAAUAGCUAUGGCCACCUUUUUGUUGCUGGUGUAAUAACUAUGGCCACCUUUAUGUUGCUGGUGUAAUAGCUAUGGCCACCUUUUUGUUGCUGGUACGCCAAAAAUAAAUUUUCUUGUUGUUGCUGGGCCAGUAGAUAUGACUACAAUUUUGUUGCUGGUAUAACAGGAAUUGCCACUUUUCUGUUGCUGGUUAAAAAAAAUAAUUUUUUUAUUGCUGGUGCACCAGAUAUGAACCCAUUUUCAUUGCUGGUGUAACAGGAAUUGCCACUUUUCUGUUGCUGGUGUACAACAAAUGACCACUUCUUUUGUAGCUCGUGUACUGUUAUUUUUGUCUCUAUUUAAAAAAGAUAGGCCUUUUUAUAACGUAGCCAGCAAAAAUGAUGAUUUUCUAUUGCUUAUAUAUUAUCAAUUUAAUCUUUCUUCAAGAAAUAUGCUUGACAAUAUUCCUACAAAUAUUUCGGGUUGAAGGACCUUCUCAAAUAAUAAAUUGUUUGUUUAUAUACUUUAUUUCUUUUUCUAUGCAGCAUGUCAAGAAUUAUUUUUACAAAUAAUCAGUUGAAAAAGUAAUAUAAUUCUUAUUUAAUUAAAACUACAUUUAGAGACGAUGGAAUAAUUCCGAAGACAUUGAUAUUUAGUUUAUUAAGUUUACACUUAAAAAAUGAAAGCUAGGACAAAAAUAAUAUUAAUAUAAAAUGAUUAGUCCCUCUUUGGUAUAUUACCAUCACAGUUAUAUGUUUUGUAUAACUAGUGUAUAGGUAAGGAUAUUAAGCCUUUUUUGAUAACUGCUCUGUAAGUACACUAAUUAUCUAUAAGUACAUUUCUGUAAGGAAUUCCUAAUUUCUACGUAAAAGCGUAUGUUUGUGAGUUAACUUUUAUUUUAAGGCUCUACAUAAAAAUAUUUAAAGCGGCAAUUUGAACAUUAUUAUUAUUAUUAUUAUUAUUAUUAUUAUUAUUAUUAUUAUUAUUAUUAUUAUUAUUAUUAUUAUUAUUAUUAUUAUUGUCUGAAACCUAAAACAAGCAUAGAAAGGCAUUUAAAGUGAGAUUUUACAUUAACGAAAAAAAAAGAUACUGUAAAGAGAGUCAAAACAUGCAGAUAAUGAUAUACAGUUACAGGCAAAACUACUUACAGCUGUAAUUAUGCAGUAUAAAAAGGCCAAAUAAAUAACUGAAAAAAUGUAACAGUUAAUGUAACCGUCUCUGUAUUGUAGAAAUAAUGUUUUUUUCUUGUCUAACCUUUGUGUUAAUAUGAAUAAAUUUGUUUAAAUGUUAAA